UUAUUUUGCUCGCUAUUCAUAUACCAAUAGGACCAUCCAGCAUACUUGUAUACAAGAGAAAACCAAUGGCGAGCAAGAUUCUGACGCAAGCUGCUCGCACCGUGGUCGGGCGGACCAGGAUCCGACCGCUGCGCAGCUCGAUCUACGCACCAUGCCACCAGCGCUGGAUGUCGGCACCUGUGCACCAGUUUGAAAAGUACGAUCCAGCAGUCGUCGAGCGUGACUGGUAUGAAUGGUGGCAGCAGCGUGGCCUGUUCAAACCACAGCCCUCAGGCUUAUCGGCGGCGGUCCAGGAUGAGUUCAAGAUGCUAUUGCCGCCGCCCAACAUCACUGGAGUUCUCCAUAUCGGUCAUGCCCUGACGUUAUCGAUCCAAGACUCUAUGGCUAGAUGGCAUCGCAUGCACGGGCGCAGCGUCAAUUGGGUCCCAGGCACCGACCACGCCGGAAUUUCGACCCAGACAGUGUCGUUUAUCGAGAAGGUGUGGGAGUGGAAGAAGGCGCACGGCGACAAGAUCAAGGAGCAGACGACUAGCAUCGGCGCCUCUCUCAACUGGGACCAGGAGUACUUUACCAUGGACGCAGAGCACUCGAAGGUGGUGCGGGAUGCGUUCAUCCGUCUAUUGGUCAACUGGUCCUGCGCUCUGCAGAGCGUCAUAUCGGACAUUGAGGUCGACAAGAUUCCUAUUGAGGGGCGGACGCUGCUCGAGGUCCCAGGGAGCAGGGAAAAGAUCGAAUUUGGUGUGCUACAUCACAUUCGCUUUCCUGUGGUCGAUCCACCUGCGGGCACACCGACGUGUCUGCAGGUGGCAACCACUCGGCCAGAGACAAUGCUUGGGGAUGUUGCGCUCGCCGUGCAUUCAAGCGAUUCUCGAUACAAGGGACUGGCAGGGAGAUCAGUAAUCCAUCCACUCCUGCACCGACCAAUCCCAGUUGUUGUUGACGAUGUGCUGGUUGACCCAGAAUUUGGCACUGGUGUGGUGAAGUUCAGUGGAAUGGGCCGAUGGGAGGCGCGCCGCAAGGUUGUGGCAACACUCAUGGAAUCGGGGUCGUACAUUGGCAGCACUGAGUCAGAAAAUAGCGUCAUCUCCAGGUGCUCGCGUUCGGGUGAUAUUAUUGAGCCGAUGCUGAUGCCACAAUGGUACCCAACGCCGAACGAGAUGGUCAGUGCCGGACAAAUCCAGAUGGUCCCAGAGCGCCAGAAGCACAUAUGGAACCACUGGCUUUCGGAAAUUGAGGACUGGUGCGUUUCAAGGCAGCUGUGGUGGGGUCACCGUAUCCCGGUGUACUGCGUAAAGUGGAGUGGUGCAGAGGAGCGCUGGGUGGCAGCUGAGAGUGCAGAGGCCGCGGUGGACAAGGCUAUGGGGAUGCUAUCAGAGAGCGAGCUCAAGGACGACGUGAAACAGGACGAGGAUGUUCUCGAUACAUGGUUCUCGUCAGGGCUGCUGCCGCUGACCGUCUUCAACCAACCGGCUGCACUGGCAUCAGCUGAUGCGACUGCAGGCGCACUGAGCUCGGUGCUGGAGACAGGCCAGGACAUCCUGUUCUUCUGGGUGGCUCGCAUGGCCAUGCUGUGCACGCACUUUGCGCAGACACCGCCCUUCAGUGCGGUCCUGCUGCACCCAAUGGUCCGCGACUCGCAGGGCCGCAAGAUGUCCAAGUCGCUGGGCAAUGUGAUCAACCCACUCGAUGUCAUACACGGAGCACCCCUAAAAACACUGCAACAGACGCUCAAGAACGGGUAUCUUUCAGAUAAGGAGCUGAAGAAGAGCACCAAGGAGCUGCAGAAGCUGUAUCCAAACGGGUUCCAGAGGUUCGGCGCUGAUGCGCUGCGGUUUACGUUGCUGCUGUACACCCAGCAAACGCAGCAGAUAAACAUGAGUCUGGAGAACGUCAAGUCGUCGUACCACUUCUGCAACAAGCUGUGGAACACGUUCAAGUUUGUCCACAUGCACGCUGACAAGGUUGGGAAACCCAGCCCAGAGUCAUUUGCCAAGGCAAUCAGCCAAGAAAAUCUGACGGUGUUUGAUAGGGCGCUAGCGAUGAAGACGUUCAGGCCAGCAGUGGCGGGUGAGGCGGUCCGGGAGUUUGUGCAGAGGGAUCCUGUGUCAAAACCGGCACUGUUUGGGAAUGCAAGUGCCUCCAGACAGUGGGAAUACGUGGCUCUUUUCUGUAGGACCCGGACACUGGUUGUCAAUAUUUUGCUUGGAUCCCUGGACAUUGUGCUGCGAGCUCUGCAUCCGUUCAUGCCGUUUGUCACGGAGGAGCUAUGGCAGAAGCAUGCGUACCGGGGCUCGGGGGCAGAAAUGUCCGUGAUGGAGUGCAAAUGGCAAUCGAGAAGCGGGAUCGCAGCCUCCCAAUGGCGCAGUGAUGAGGACAACGUGGACCUAGGUGAUGGUCCAGAGGGACCCCAUCAGCAGUGCAUCGAAAUCCUGAGCAAGGAGACAGCCAUCCGCAUAUGCGAGGACGCAGGAAGCAAUUCAACCCAACGGCUUGUCGUGGCGCCUGGCCUGCGUGUGGUUGCAAGGCUGGGCCCCAAGCAGGAUACAGGCCAUGCUAUGCCAUCCACAGGAGCAGCAAAGAUCGCCAGACUCACAGCGGAGCUCGACAAGGUUCUUAAGACUGUCGACAGCAAAGGGUACCAGCGCAGUGCCCCCGAGAAUGUGAAGGAGGCUGAUAGGAAACGCGUUAUUAUGCUCCGGGCCAAAAUCGCAGCAGCAUCCAAGUAGGCUUAGGAGUCAGCGAGGUCACAGGUGUGGGUUGCUGUCUUGUACGUUCAGCAUUUGCGGCCUAUUAUUCAGACUCAAUGCGAUUUUUAUUAGUUUGCCCUUAUCAGCCUAAUCUGGCCGAAACUCUUUUGACCUGCGAAGCGAAUCACAACAUGUCUGUGUUCCACUGGAGCCCAGGACGCGCCCUUGUCCGCUGUUUAGCUUGCUUCUCCUUUCAGAAAGGUCACACCCGCUGACAGCCUAUAUUCACAUCGGCUCGGAUGCCAUUUUCGAAAC